GAAUUACAGUAACUGCAUUGCAAAUGAAUGUUAAUAUGAUCAAACUAAAUGUUUUAACACAAGACAUAUAUAGCUUGGAAAUCAUACACACAAAAAAAAAGGCCGAUUUAUUUGAUCUGUUAUGUUUGGUUUGUAAAUUGGUCAACAAGAGGGAAGGACAAGAGAAAAAAACUAUUUUAGGCUUAAUAGCCGAAGAGCUAUUUGGUAUUUUAAAUAAAUAAAACUGUAUUUAGGAGUCACCUUUAUUACAGCUACAGUUACAUUUUGUGUCUGUACAACGAUAAUGAACACAACAAGUGCAUGUUUCUGUAGUUUUUGUGCAGAUUGACAGAAAAGGUCUUCCAAUUCUGGAAUGUCUCAGGUACACUAUGCCCAUUGUUAUGGGAAUGCCAGAGAGAUAUCCCUGUUUGCAAUACUUUUUUGGGGGAAGUUUGCGAUGAAAUGAAUUGACUAAGAGGUGUUUGUAAUACUUUUGUUAGAAGAUAAAAUGUGAUAAAGUCUCACUAUAAUGCAGUACAGUUCAACGCUGAUGCAAAUUGCAACAAUUGCAGAGCUGAAAUUAAAAACAGCUGGAUGGAAUAUCUACCAACUAUACAUCCAUCCGCCUCCCGCCCGAAGAUAGCUGGGAUAGGCACAGGGAGUCAAGCUGUUUUUCUGGGAUGAAUGCAAUUUAUAAUUAGAUGAUAGUUGCAUUUCAUUUGAUUGUUUCAAUGACGCACAUCCGAACCAAAUUAGACUGACAUUGCAACCGUGCACGGAAACACUGCUGGCUGAGGAAAUAAUGCAAAGGAAAGCCUGCGUCUGUAAGCACAUCCCAUAUAGCUUCACUUUGCCUUCCAAUUAUUAACAUUAGUGUGCGUUAAAUGUUAGCAAUGAUUACAUUAUACAUUCACAGGCCACAACUAAGUACACCGACUGAGAUUUGAGUACUCUAUCGACAGUUCUGCCGAUACAAAAUAAUGAUGCUUGGUUUUGAUUGAGACUGUCAACGGGUAUAAACUGGAACAUUUCAUUUGUUUCUGUAGAUUCCAUUCCUGAGUGAGGUUGAGGAAAGCUCUUUUUUUUUUUUUUUUGAAGUGUAUUGUAUUUUUUUUCUGAUAUGCAUGCUAGUAGCAUAGAUUAGGCCAAUGGAGACAUCGACUCCACAAAUAAUCUAUAAUUGUUAAAACACCUGCAUCCCGCAAAGCUACAGCAUUUCAAACCAGUUAUUUACUGAUUAGCAUACCACGUUGAGGCUAAUCACUCAGAAGCAAGAUUUCAAGCAAGUACACAGUGCUAAAUAACUGGAGGCGGGGAAGCUAAUUGUAUAUCUGAGCGAUUAUAAAAUGUUUUUUCAUUGAUCGUAACACCAAAAAGUGCUUGCACACCUAGAAAACUGAAGAUUUAGAUUUGUUUAACAUGUUGUUUUUUCCCCCCCUAACAUCAUUUGCAUGCGUGUUUACAGCUACCGAUCCAGUAAGUUACUGUGAUGAUACAUUUUGAAAUAUGUUGUAUUUGGGAGAAAACAUACAGUACGUAAUCAUCAAAAUGACAAACCAAAAUUAUUUUUUGGUGCCUGUUUCCCCAAAUAUAUUAGCGUAUGUGUGUGAAUGAAUACUUAUGGCUGUGUGAUAUUUCAGUUUUUUCUUUUUAAUAAAUAUGCAAAAAUUUCAACAAUUCCGUUUUUUUCCCUGUCAAUAUGGGGUGCUGUGUGUACAUUAAUGAGGAAAAAAAAAAAGAACAUAAAUGACAAAGAGUGAAAAAUUUACGGUGGUCUGAAUACUUUCCGUACCCACUGUAUAUUGUCAUUUGUUGUAGUUUUAAUUGGGCAUUCCAAUUUUGUGGCACCACUGGCAGCCACGGCACCCUUAGCAUUCGCCGAUUCCACUUAUUGGGUGAGCCGGCCCCGUAUCUAAGCCUUGCACUUGACUGAUGACCCUGCCUCUCGCCCAAAAGUCAUCAGGGCUAGGCUCCAGCUCCCCCCGCGACCCUAAUGAACAGCACAUGGAAAAUGGAUGGAUACGUAGUCCAACACGAGCUUGACAAUGUAACCAGGUCUUUUCCAGCUAUCUGUACAAAUACAUCAAACUAAGUGAAACAAAUGUUCUGCUAUCAUUUCUUGACGAGAUACAGUACAUCUAAUGAAUGUGCUAUUAAUUACAGCUAACCUCUCUAGGCCUAUCUCGGUCACCAAAUCCUAUCUGACAAUGGUCUCUGUUGAAUUCACAUGGGAGAAAAAUGGUUGCGAAGCCGCUGGCUGCUGGUCUGGUGGUCCUUCUGGUGCUUGUUGUGGGCCUGUUCCUCUUCAUAGGCAUGGGGAAGAAAAACAUGGCUCCCCCCUCAGGCCACUUCUUCUUAAGGGCUGCUGUCGCUACUGACGCUGGGAAGUGUUCAGAAGUCGGAAGGGAAAUUUUAAAGAAAAACGGUUCAGCGGUGGAUGCUUCCAUUGCUGCCUUGCUCUGUGUUGGCCUUUUUAAUGCACACAGCAUGGGCAUUGGUGGAGGGGUCUUCUUUGUCAUCUACAAUGCCUCUUCUGGUAGAGUAGAAACCAUUGAUGCAAGGGAGACUGCGCCCAAGAAUGCCACUGAGGACAUGUUUGGCAACAACACACAACUUUCUCGUACAGGUGGACUGUCCGUAGCCAUUCCCGGGGAGAUUCGAGGCUAUGAGAUGGCACACAAGAGACAUGGCAGGCUGGCAUGGAAGGAGCUGUUUGAGCCAAGCAUUGCCUUGGCUCGUGAAGGCUUUCCGAUUGGGAAAGCCUUGGCUUAUGCCAUCUUGAAAACCAAGGAUUCCAUUCAAGGAAACGCUAAUCUUUGUGAAGUGUUUUGUGAUUCACAAAAAAACAUUCUCAGGGAAAAUGACGUUAUAAGAUUCCCAAAGCUGGCAGACACAUACCAGAGAAUAGCAGAAGAGGGUCCCGACGUGUUCUAUAAUGGCUCAAUGGCACAGAGACUCGUGGAGGACAUCCAGGCGGCAGGUGGGAUUAUCACCUUGGAUGAUUUAUUGGAGUACCAGCCAGUACUGAAUGAAAAUCCCCUGAAGAUGAGUGUUGGGGAAUACACCAUGCAUGUUCCGGAUGCCCCCUCCAGUGGCCCAGUGUUGGCACUCAUUCUCAACAUAGUGAACGGGUACAACUUCACAGACACAAGUGUCUCUACAGCUGAGAAGAAGACCCUAACGUAUCAUCGCAUCGUAGAGGCUUUCCGUUUUGCUUACGCAAAGAGGAGCAGACUUGGGGACCCACAUUUUCUCAAUAUUACUGAUCUUAUCCAAAACAUGACAUCGGCCUACUUUGCCGAAGGCCUAAGGAAGAAAAUUACGGACGACACCACUCAUCCAGACAUUUACUAUGAGCCGGAUUAUUUUGUCCCAGACAACCACGGAACAGCUCAUCUGUCUGUCAUAGCUGAAGACGGAAGCGCCGUGGCAGCCACCAGCACCAUUAAUCUAUACUUUGGGUCCAAAGUCAUGUCUCGAUCAACUGGAAUCAUAUUUAAUGAUGAAAUGGAUGACUUCAGCUCUCCAUACAUAACCAAUGGCUUUGGAAUCCCUCCCUCCCCUAACAACUUCAUUCAACCAGGCAAGAGGCCUCUGUCCUCCAUGUCUCCCACAAUAAUCUUUGAUAAAGACAAAAGAGUUAAAAUGGUUGUCGGAGCAUCUGGGGGCACAAAAAUUACCACAGCUACUGCCUUGGUCAUCCUGAACUCCUUGUUCUUUAAGUACGACCUAAGGAAAGCGGUGACUGAACCGCGAGUGCACAAUCAACUCAAUCCAAAUAUGACAGUAGUGGAGCAGGAUUUUGAAAAGAGAAUCCUAGAAGGCCUGAUCUGGAAGAACCAUGUAACACAGCUGCUGAGGACUCCAGAUUCUGUGGUUCAGGUGGUGAUGCGACAGGGAGGGCAUCUCCGCGCAGAAUCAGACCCCAGGAAAGGAGGAUACCCUGCUGGAUACUGAAUAUGGUUCCAGACCCCCUCAAAAAAAAAAACGCAUGCCAAGCAAGGAAUGACUCAGUUUUAAUACCUCUGCGAAACAAACGAAAUAUUGAAGUAAAAAGUUGCAUUUGUUAUCAAAUGUCCAUUAGAAACCGGCACUGAUGCUAUUCAGUACUUCUAAGGGAGCGGAUGGUGAUGUUUUCAAUAUUUAGAAAGAGAAAAAGUUACUUGAGUUGGACCGUAGCCAUCUCCAUUUAAAUAGAGUUUAACAUUUUCAAAAGACGCAACUCAAAUCCUGAUAAUGUAAAAUACAGUGAUACAAAAAGUUGAAAUGUUAGACGUUGUCAAGUGUGUGUGAAAAUAACUGAUAUUGAUCGUUCCUGUUUAAAAUUCUUUGUUUUCAUGCCUUUUAACCAGACUUGCAAGCAGCUGCUCUGCAUAAAAUAAAAACAACUCAGGUUGUUCGCCUGUUAAAUGUCUGCCAAUAUCUUACUUCUGAUUUGUAGUAUGAUCCUGGUUGUAUGAAGAUAAAUAACCCCGUUUUUUGUUUUUUUUUAAUAAGCAGAAGCAUUACCUUAUUAUUUUACAAUAAAUUAGACAUUUUAUAUAAAGUAGCUGUUGAGUUUAUGUAUUGUUGAUUCUGAAAACAUUUGCAAAUAUAUUUUUCUAAAACAGUGUUAUGACAAAAUAUAGUCUAUAUUAUUUUAUUAUAUUAGCCCAUAGUUUCUGUGUGAUUUUUAUUCAAUAGUUCUUUGUUGUUGUGUGACAUUUUCAAAUGUACCUAGUAGCUCAAUUGUUUUUUCUUCCCUUUUCAGUGGCUCUACCAGCCUCCUUUUUCUCUCACGGACAAUAUAACUGUGUGAACGGGCCUCUUUCUUUCUUGCUCUUCCGUGUUCCUUAGAGACUGUAAGCUUUCUGUCUGUCUCUCUCUUUGCAAAGAAUUCAUUAAAUUGACA